CUGAGCUGACAUUCUCCGUCUGACCCAGGCAGGAGGCGCACUCACUGGGCAUUCUGUGGCACUGCUAGGAGACUUGACAUUCUGUCUGCACUGCUUGCUCUGACUCCCGGCUCCUGUCAGCAGCUAGAGGUCGCUGUGCUGCCCCUCAGCCACCUGCAGAUCACCCCUCACAGAGACAGACCUGAGACUGAGGGGUCCUCACCUCCCCUGCUGGUCCUGGCUGAUAGGGGGUGACCAUUUAUACCCAGCUCACUGGCACCUCACCCACCUCCCCAGGAAAUUAGAUUGGAGACCAAGAUACAAUGUAUCCAUAACUCUUUAUCCUGGUCUGCUCUCAUUAGCCUUUAAAUCUGGAUACAUUAACAAAAGAAGAGGGGACAUCUCCUAUCAUAUAUCUAUAUCCCAGGUGGGAGUCUUUUACUGACUACAAGAACACAUUUAUUUCAUUUUUUGGGGGAUGUUUUAUUAUUUUUCUCUUAACAAGACAGUAAGGGAGAAGACACCAUAACCACUGAGGAUCUACAACAACCAACCUGUUGCAUUUCUGUUCUAUUUUCUGUUUUUUUGUUGUUGUUGUUUUUUUGUUUUUUUGACUUUUUUUUGGGAUUCCCCCACACCUUCAUCAGGAUGACCCCAGAAUACUUCUUGAGGUCUCUGUUGAUGUUGAUUUUAGCUGUGUUCUCUGCUAAUGCUAGCAACUGGCUGUACCUGGCAAAGUUGUCUUCUGUGGGCAGCAUUUCAGAGGAAGAAACCUGUGAAAAACUCAAAGGAUUAAUUCAGCGCCAGGUUCAAAUGUGCAAGAGGAACCUUGAGGUAAUGGACUCGGUACGUCGAGGGGCUCAGCUGGCGAUAGACGAAUGCCAGUAUCAAUUUAGGAAUCGACGGUGGAACUGCUCAACACUGGACACGCUUCCAGUAUUUGGAAAAGUGGUGACACAAGGAACCAGAGAGGCGGCUUUUGUGUAUGCCAUAUCCUCUGCCGGCGUUGCCUUUGCAGUGACGAGAGCAUGCAGCAGUGGAGACCUGGAUAAAUGUGGCUGCGACAGGACAGUGCAUGGCGUCAGCCCACAAGGGUUCCAGUGGUCUGGCUGCUCAGAUAAUAUUGCUUAUGGAGUAGCAUUCUCACAGUCUUUUGUUGAUGUACGAGAAAGAAGCAAAGGAGCUUCGUCCAGCCGUGCUCUCAUGAACCUUCACAAUAACGAAGCGGGACGCAAGGCCAUCUUGAAUAACAUGCGAGUCGAAUGUAAGUGCCAUGGUGUUUCUGGCUCCUGCGAGGUGAAAACAUGCUGGAAAGCUAUGCCACCAUUCCGCAAAGUUGGGAAUGUUCUAAAGGAGAAAUUUGAUGGUGCAACUGAAGUUGAACAGAAAAAGAUUGGUUCAACCAAAGUUCUUGUUCCCAAAAAUUCUCAAUUCAAACCACAUACGGAUGAAGACUUGGUGUAUCUAGACUCCAGCCCCGACUUCUGCGACCAUGAUUUAAAGAAUGGUGUUCUAGGAACUACAGGGCGACAGUGUAACAAGACUUCCAAGGCUAUUGAUGGUUGUGAGCUAAUGUGUUGCGGGAGGGGCUUUCACACAGAAGAGGUGGAAAUUAUAGAAAGGUGCAGUUGCAAAUUCCACUGGUGCUGUUAUGUUAAAUGCAAACAGUGCCACAAAGUGGUAGAAAUGCACACAUGCCGGUGAUCUCUGGUGAGGAAAUAAUAAUUUUCAUCAUAAUGGACAAUUUUAAUCUCUCCUAACCAACUAUGUCAUUCCUUCCACCAGGACAGUUAAAGCUCCAGAGACUGCAAAACAAAUGAUAAGGAGGGACAAUGAUUUUUUUAAAGAAUAUUUAAAGUCCCAAAAGAUCAUUGAUGUAUAUUUGUGUCUUUGUCCUUAUUUAUUGCUGACAAACAAUAAUACUGUGGGUCAGUACUUCUACAUGUGGUGGAAAUUAUUUUCUGUUGCUGCUUCUAUAGGGACGGAGAAAGAGAAACGACCCACAUAAACUGCUGAAGGAUCUAAGCUCAUUACAUUAUGCAAAAACAAGAGUAAGAGAAACUGAUAUAGGAUGACCACUAUCCACGUUGUUAUUCCAGUGACAUUCAACUAACUUCCACCAAAUGACCAAAAUGACUGAUGGAUACCUUCAUUAUAUUUUUAAAUGGAAACAAAAUGGUAGCAUAGGUAUUUUAUAUCUAUAUCAUUGUAUAUAAAAUUAUAUAUUCAUGUUUUGUAUUACAAAUAUUUCUCAACAACAAAGAAUUUUCUAGGAUGAAUAUGAGAUUGAUACACAGGUUUUGUAAUAUUUUCUCAUUCCUUGAUGGAGGGCAGCCGAAGGACACAUUUGCCUGCUGGUCUUUGUAGGGUAAAAUAACCCAACCAAUGGCUUUUCCGUAUGUUUCCUACUGGAUUCCGUUGGAUUUUACAAGACAAAGAAGAAUUUGGUACUGGUUAAGCAGCAGUCUUUAUAAUGAAAUUUAAAUGUUAGGAAGGGUAUAAUCUGUACUAUUUUAUCGUUUAUAUGUUUGGUUGUUUUUCUGUUAUACUACAUCCCCAGGGUCCAUAAUUCAUGGUUUAAAAAAACAUUUGAAAGAAAAUAUUGAAUAGGUAAUUGUCUGGUAAGAGCAGGCAUGAAUUAUCAACUGAACAAGAUAAAGAAUGAAUAAUACUA